CAAAUACGAAAACAAACCCCCAAAAGAAGCAACAUCACUUUUACACACGCCCUCUCUACUUGCCCUUUUUUGUUAAAAAUGAAAGAAAGAAGAUAGGAAAGGGUAGUGUUUUGUUAGAAACAAUUUUGAUUCUGAUUGUCGUCCAACUAUAUUAGACAUAGAGAGAAAAAUGGUGGGCUCAGCAGCAUCAGACAGGGGCAAAGAAGCAGCAGGGAUGAUGGCCCUUCAUGAGGCUCUAAGAAGCGUCUGUUUAAACUCAGACUGGACUUACUCUGUCUUCUGGACCAUUCGCCCUCGCCCGAGAGUUAGAGGUGGCAAUGGUUGCAAGGUUGGAGAUGACAAUGGUAGCUUGAUGUUGAUGUGGGAAGAUGGGUUCUGUGGAGGCAGAGUUGCAAACUGUUUAGAUGAGAUGGAUGUAGAGGAUCCUGUCAGAAAAACCUUCAGCAAAAUGUCUAUUCAGUUAUAUAAUUAUGGAGAAGGGUUGAUGGGGAAAGUUGCUUCUGAUAAGUGUCAUAAAUGGGUAUACAAAGAACCAGUAGAGUGUGAACCAAAUAUCUCCAACUACUGGCAGAGUUCAUUUGAUGCAGUUCCUCCUGAGUGGACUGAUCAGUUUGAAUCUGGCAUUCAGACUAUAGCUGUUAUUCAAGCUGGACAUGGCCUACUUCAACUGGGUUCUUGCAAGAUUAUGCCUGAAGACCUUCAUUUUGUGCUGAGAAUGAGACAUAUGUUUGAAUCCUUAGGCCAUCAAUCUGGAUUUUACUUAUCCCAACUGUUUUCUUCAAAUCGAAAUGCCCCAUCGUCUUCUGCAGUGCCUUUAAAGCAACCGACAAUGCCAAUCCGCCCUUCCCCUCACCUAUUCAAUUGGGGACAGAUGUCAAUGCCUUCAGCAACUUCAGUCCUUAAUACAUCUUCCAAUUUUCAAAGUUCAGCUCGACUUGGCAUUCCUCUGUCCAAGGACGAAAUGCACAUGUUCUUUCACCCGCAUCCAUCAGAAGCAAGGAUGGAAGAUAUGAUGGGAGAUCAUGAAAACGAUAUCAAAUGGCCUAAUGGAUUGAGUUUCUUCAAUGCUCUAACUGGACGCACGGAUGACGCCAAACUUCUGUUUAAUCCUAAUGGCCUUGGAAACAAGCCAGAAAAUCCAAAUUCUGAUGCUACGAGUUUGCACAACAAUGGUGGGCCAAAUCCCAAUGAGUUAUUGACCUUGGAUAGCCACCGGGAUAGCAUUCGAAAAAUGGAGAACAACAAGUUCAAGAGGAGCUUUACGUUACCUACAAGAAUGACUUCAUCGGCUUCACUUGAUCAUCACGCCGCACACAAUACGGGGGAGUAUAGAAAUGAAGCAGGAACGUACUCUGAUGUUAUGGAAACUUUGGAGUAAUUUUAUAAAGGGCAUGUAUGAAAGUAUAGUAGGUUGAGAAGUGUUUCCUUUGGUGUUCACCUUUGUUUGUUUUAAGCAAUUUCUAUUAUCA